AUGGCGGGGAGGGCGGAGGCGGCGACGCUCCUGGGAGUCCGCGGCGGUGCACCGAGACUCGGCGGUCUGGGGGCGGCCUCGGGGGCCAAGGGCGCGCGGGUGACCUCCGCGUGUCCGGGGUGGAAGCCCUGGCACCCCCGCUUCUGCUCCCGAGGCUCCGGCUUUUCCCGGGUGACUUUGGGACUCUUCCGCCUGGCCCGGCCGCUGGAGCCCACUGGGGCCCUGGCUCCGCCAUUUCGUUUUCUUGAAUCGCUCUCAUUUGCAUACCACAUUUUCAUUCAUAAAAACCACGGCGGAGCCCGGGGCGGACCGGGCGCGGGCUGCGCGGGGUCGGUGUACGCGGAGUUCCGCGCGGGCUGGAGCCGCCCGAGGGGUCCCGGGGCGCGCGUGCGCGUGCACGCGCUUGCAGCCUGGGACACGCGCCCUUUGGGGUCGGAGCCGCUGCAGGGGGGGGGCUGGAUCGGCCGCGUGUACAGCAGGGGCGGGAGCGUGCGGGCAGCGGAGUCCUGUGGUCAAGGUGCAUCCCCCAUCCACCUCGCGGUCUCGGGGGCCGGUGGGCUUUUUGGCUCCCUCGCCCCAGGCGUUUCCAGCCCCGAGUGCAUGGGGGCUGCACCGCGGGGCGCGGCGCGGCGCCUCGGGUCUGUGGCCUCGGGGGUCCCCACGGUCACCGCAUCGCGGCCACCACCGCCGCUCAGUGCCAUGGGCUUUACCAGUCCUGAGCCUUCUUCCAGGUCCGAGUGUACUGGCGGCAGGUUCGCCUUGGCAUCUAUGGCCCUGGUGCCCAUCGGGUGGAGAAGAUGGGUGACCUGCUCCGGCCCUGGCCUCUGGGGCCCUGCUGGCCCAGGCGUCUCGAACCUCAUCGGGUGGAGGGCCGACAGCAUGUGUCACAAAGGGCUGCUUGGGAAGGGCGAAGGCAGAGCACUUCACCGGCUUCUGGUGACCCGCACUCGUGCCCGCUGUGCCUGUACCCGCCAGAACAGAGUCCGUUCCACCGGCCAGCAGCCGUGUGCUGUCAUUGACAGCUAUAUCGUGCGUGUCAAGGCUGUGGUUAUGACCAGAGAUGACUCCAGCGGGGGAUGGUUCCCACAGGAAGGCGGCGGGAUCAGUCGAGUGGGGGUCUGUAAAGUCAUGCACCCCGAAGGCAGUGGACGAAGCGGCUUUCUCAUCCACGGGGAGCGACAGAGAGACAAACUGGUGGUGCUAGAAUGCUUUGUGAGAAAGGACUUGGUCUACACCAAAGCCAACCCGACAUUUCAUCACUGGAAGGUCGAUAAUAGGAAGUUUGGCCUAACCUUCCAGAGCCCUGCUGACGCCCGCGCCUUUGACAGGGGAGUGAGGAAAGCCAUCGAAGACCUUAUUGAAGGUUCAACCACAUCAUCUUCCACAAUCCAUAAUGAAGCCGAGCUAGGUGACGAUGACGUGUUCACGACAGCCACAGACAGUUCUUCUAACUCCUCGCAGAAGAAGGAGCAGCCUACUCGGACAAUCUCCUCUCCGACGUCCUGUGAACACCGGAGGAUUUACACUCUGGGCCACCUCCAUGACUCGUACCCCCCAGACCACUAUCACCUCGAGCAGCCGAUUCAGAGGCCCUACCGCCAGGUCAGUUUCCCGGACGAUGACGAGGAGAUCGUGCGCAUCAACCCCCGGGACAAGAUCUGGAUGACCGGCUACGAGGACUACCGUCACGCCCCGGUCCGGGGCAAGUACCUGGACCCGGCGGAGGACGCGGACUCGUACGUGCGCUUCGCCAAGGGAGAGGUGCCCAAGCACGACUACAACUACCCGUACGUGGACUCGUCGGACUACGGGCUCGGGGAGGACGGCGGCAAGGGCCGCGGGGGCAGCGUGAUCAAGACGCAGCCGUCCAGGGGCAAGUCCCGGCGACGCAGGGAGGACGGCGAGCGCUCCCGGUGCGUCUACUGCAGGGACAUGUUCAACCACGAGGAGAACCGCAGGGGCCACUGCCAGGACGCGCCCGACCCCGUGAGAACUUGCAUCCGCCGGGCGAGCUGUAUGUGGUGCGCGGACAGCAUGCUCUAUCACUGUAUGUCGGACCCCGAGGGGGACUACACAGACCCUUGCUCGUGCGACACCAGCGACGAGAAGUUUUGCCUCCGGUGGAUGGCCCUUAUUGCCUUGUCUUUCUUGGCCCCCUGUAUGUGCUGUUACCUGCCCCUUCGGGCCUGCUACCACUGUGGGGUGAUGUGCAGGUGCUGCGGUGGGAAGCACAAAGCGGCCGUAUGA